UCUUUCUCCGCAUUUUGAAUUGACAAAUAUGAUGAUGUCAUCGGAUCUCCGCUUUUUCUUCAAGUUAUGGCGGAGCUGAACUUUUCAAACUUUCCUUGACCAUUAGAUGCUGUUGGUUGUUCUGAUGGAGCAUCUUCAAGGAGCUUGGAAGACCCUCAGUAAUGGGUUUGGAAUGAAAGACUCUGUGUUUGAGAGUCCAUGUAUUUCUCCCACAAUGGUCCAAGGAUUUCCAUACCAGAGGCGUUCCUCUGAUGACAGCAAAAUCUCAGAUUCCUCCAAGACCAGCAGCACAAUACGAGUCUUCCUCCCCAACCAGCAGCGAACAGUGGUUAAUGUGCGGCCUGGUAUGACUCUGCAUGCCUGCUUGAUCAAAGCCCUUAAGGUGCGAGGUCUUCAGCCUGAGUGCUGUGCUGUGUACAAGCUCCAUCCAGGCCAGAGGAGUAAGAAGUCCAAAAUGGAUUGGAAUACUGACUCUACCUCACUUAUUGGGGAGGAACUGCUGGUUGAGGUUUUAGACCAUGUACCGUUAACUACACAUAAUUUUGUUCGAAAAACUUUUUUGAAAUUGGCUUACUGUGACAUUUGCCAGAAGUUCCUUUUAAAUGGUUUCCGUUGUCAAACAUGUGGCUACAAAUUCCAUGAACAUUGCAGCACCAAAGUUCCAACAAUGUGUGUGGACUGGAGUAACAUCAGACAGCUUCUGUUGUUUCCGACUCCAGGUGAAAGUGGGGGUCCAUCUCUCCCUCCCCUUACGUCACGCCGUGUGAGAGAAUCCCUCUCCAGACUCCCUAGCAGCUCUCUACACAGACAUUCAACUCCUCAUGCCUUCCACUAUGCUACAGCCUACCCACCAUCAGGUUCUGCCCUGUCCCACAGACAAAGGUCCACAUCUACCCCUAACGUCCACAUGGUCAGCACUACUUUGCCCGUGGACAGCAGUGUCAUUGAGAUAGAUUGCCUGAAUGCCCCCUCUAGCUCCUGGUGUCGGCGGUUUUGCCUGAAGAGAAGAGAUGCUAUGCGAGGUCAUGGCUCAGCAGGUAGUUCACCAAGCCAGAGCCCCACAGGCUGGAACCAGUCCAAAACUCCUGCACCUGCUCAACGAGAGAGAGUUCCUUCCUUCAGCACACAGGAGAAAAACAAAAUCCGUCCAAGAGAUAAAAGAGACUCCAGCUAUUACUGGGAGAUCGAAGCUAAUGAGGUCAUGCUGCUGUCACGGAUUGGUUCCGGUUCAUUUGGGACUGUCUACAAAGGAAAAUGGCAUGGUGAUGUUGCCAUCAAGAUUUUAAAAGUCACUGAUCCUACCCCAGAACAGUUUCAAGCCUUCCGCAAUGAAGUAGCAGUCCUGAGGAAAACCAGACAUGUCAACAUCCUGUUGUUUAUGGGUUAUAUGACGAAAGACAACCUGGCCAUCGUGACGCAGUGGUGUGAGGGAAGCAGUCUGUACAAACACCUCCAUGUCCAAGAGACCAAUUUCCAGAUGUUUCAGCUGAUUGACAUUGCCCGGCAGACGGCACAGGGCAUGGACUAUCUACAUGCAAAGAAUAUCAUCCACCGUGAUCUGAAAUCAAACAACAUCUUCCUACACGAAGGCCUGACAGUGAAGAUUGGUGAUUUUGGCCUGGCCACAGUGAAGGCCAGAUGGAGCGGAUCACAUCAGGUCGAACAGCCAUCUGGAUCUAUAUUAUGGAUGGCACCUGAGGUAAUUCGGAUGCAGGACAACAACCCGUACAGUUUCCAGUCAGAUGUAUAUUCUUAUGGCAUUGUGCUGUAUGAGCUAAUGACGGGGGAGCUCCCGUACUCACAAAUCGCCAACAGAGAUCAGAUUAUCUUCAUGGUGGGUCGGGGUUACCUCUCUCCAGACCUUAGUAAGCUCUAUAAGAGCUGUCCCAAAGCCAUGAAAAGAUUGGUGGCAGACUGCAUCAAAAAAGCCAAGGAAGAGAGACCCCUGUUUCCACAGAUCUUAUCAUCCAUAGAGUUACUGCAGCACUCUCUCCCAAAAAUCAACCGCAGUGCCUCGGAACCCUCCCUGCACCGAGCAUCCCACACCGAGGACAUCAACUCCUGCACUCUGACCUCCGUUAAGCUUCCUGUUUUUUAACUGCUUUUACCUCACAGCAAUGCCAGCGACCCGCAGCAGAGAGAGAGAGAGAGAGAGAGAACACAAUGGACAGAGAGGAACUACGAGUUUUUUCUUUUAUGCCUGCGUGCGGAACUGUACCUGAAGAUCAAUGAUGAAGGGAACUCCUCUGGAGAGAAGUUGGUCGCGUUUUUUGCGACAUGAAGUGCACACUCAUCUGUCUUGAUCUAAGAUGGAACAGAGAUAUAUAUAUACAUUUUUUUUGUUGGGCAUCCUACCAAAAACCGUUUCUUGCUUAAACCUCUGAACCUCUGGCCUGCCUGCAUAAGUACUCUAUGAGACUUUUUUGCCAUUAUUUUGUUUAAGCGCAACAUCGGUUUAAAGCAAAUAUGUUUUGCCUGCACUAAGAGCACAGAUUUAUGGAUGGUCAAUCUAUUCCCAAGCUUUCUCAUACUUCAUUUCUGCCACCAGUAUUCACAUUAAGACUUUAAAAAAUAACGGUGAUAUCAGCGAUAUCCACAAAGCAAGUGAGCAUUAAGUAGUAAUUCAGCAGCCUUUUAAUGGUUUUGAUCUGAAGUCAAGUUGUGCCUGUUGAUUUAAAUGUACUUUACAGUUCUCUACAUCCUCUUUGAAGGUUUUAUUGCAAACUCUGAGUACAUAUUGUUUAUCAAUCAUGGUUAUUUUAAUAAAAUUAAGUUAAACAUCUUUAUCUCUUUAUCUUUAUGGCACAUUAAAUUUUACUCUUACAGCUUUUUUUUUUUUUACUGAAAUAUGCCC